AUGACAGCCCCCCCACAGGUGUUCACGGGCAUCUUCACGGCCGAGAUGGUGCUGAAGCUGGUGGCCAUGGACCCCUACGAGUACUUCCAGCAGGGCUGGAACAUCUUCGACAGCAUCAUCGUCACCCUCAGCCUGGUGGAGCUGGGCCUGGCCAACGUGCAGGGGCUGUCUGUGCUCCGCUCCUUCCGGCUGCUGCGGGUCUUCAAGCUGGCCCGGUCGUGGCCCACGCUGAACAUGCUCAUCAAGAUCAUCGGCAACUCGGUGGGCGCGCUGGGCAACCUGACGCUGGUGCUGGCCAUCGUCGUGUUCAUCUUCGCCGUGGUGGGCAUGCAGCUGUUCGGCAAGAGCUACAAGGAGUGCGUGUGCAGGAUCGCGGCCGACUGCAGCCUGCCGCGCUGGCACAUGCACGACUUCUUCCACUCCUUCCUCGUCAUCUUCCGCAUCCUGUGCGGGGAGUGGAUCGAGACCAUGUGGGACUGCAUGGAGGUGGCCGGCCAGGCCAUGUGCCUCACCGUCUUCCUCAUGGUCAUGGUCAUCGGCAACCUGGUGGUCCUGAACCUGUUCCUGGCCCUGCUGCUGAGCUCCUUCAGCGCUGACAGCCUGGCGGCAUCGGACGAGGACGGCGAGAUGAACAACCUGCAGAUUGCCGUCGGGCGCAUCAAGUGGGGCGUGGCCUUCGCCAAGGCCUUCCUGCUGGGGCUGCUGCGCGGCCGGGUCCCGCGCCUCAAGGAUAUCGCGCUGCAGCUCGGGCCGCCUGGCGGGGCCCAGGAGGCCGCGGAGGCUGCGGAGGGCGCCCCCCAGGAUGAGGAGAAGGAGCCGCCGCCCGCCGACGACCUGAAGAAGGACGGGCACAUCCUGAACCACGUGGGCCACGACGCACCCCCCUGCGGCCUCGAGCUGGACCACCUCAACUUCAUCAACAACCCCUACCUGACCAUCCACGUGCCCAUCGCCUCCGAGGAGUCUGACCUGGAGCUGCCCACGGAGGAGGAGACCGAUACCUUCUCCGAGCCCGAGGACGGCAAGAAGCCCCCGCAGCCCCACCGGGACGGGGACUCCUCCGUGUGCAGCACCGCGGACUACAAGCCUCCCGAGGAGGACCCGGAGGAGCAGGUGGAGGAGGACCCCGAGGGGGAGCAGCCUGAGGAGUGCUUCACCGAGGCCUGCGUGCGGCGCUGUCCCUGGCUGUCCGUGGAUGUCUCCCAGGGCCGUGGGAGGAUGUGGUGGACGCUGCGCAGGGCCUGCUUCCGGAUCGUUGAGCACAACUGGUUCGAGACGUUCAUCGUCUUCAUGAUCCUGCUCAGUAGCGGGGCCCUGGCCUUCGAGGACAUCUACAUCGAGCGGCGGCGCGUCAUCCGCACCAUCCUGGAGUAUGCCGACAAGGUGUUCACCUACGUCUUCAUUCUGGAGAUGCUGCUCAAGUGGGUGGCCUACGGCUUCAAGGUGUACUUCACCAACGCCUGGUGCUGGCUGGACUUCCUCAUCGUGGACGUGUCCAUCAUCAGCCUGGUGGCCAACUGGCUGGGCUACUCGGAGCUGGGCCCCGUCAAGUCCCUGCGGACGCUGAGGGCCCUGCGGCCCCUGAGGGCGCUGUCCAGAUUCGAGGGCAUGAGGGUGGUGGUGAACGCACUGCUGGGCGCCAUCCCGUCCAUCAUGAACGUGCUGCUGGUCUGCUUGAUCUUCUGGCUCAUCUUCAGCAUCAUGGGCGUCAACCUGUUUGCCGGCAAGUUCUACUUCUGCCUGAACACCACCUCGGCCGAGCGCUUCCCGGUGUCCGAGGUCAACAACAGGUCGCAGUGCGAGAGCCUCAUGCACACGGGGCAGGUGCGCUGGCUCAACGUCAAGGUCAACUACGACAACGUGGGCCUGGGCUACCUCUCCCUCCUGCAGGUGGCCACCUUCAAGGGCUGGAUGGACAUCAUGUACGCGGCCGUGGACUCCCGGGAGGGGACCCCACCCAAAUUUACAAGCUCUGUCCCACCAUACUUUGGAGGGAAAGACAUCUUCAUGACGGAGGAGCAAAAGAAAUACUACAACGCCAUGAAGAAGCUAGGCUCCAAGAAGCCCCAGAAGCCGAUUCCGCGGCCCCAGAACACGGUCCAGGGCGUGGUGUACGACUUCGUGACCAAGCAGGUGUUCGACAUCACCAUCAUGAUCCUCAUCUGCCUCAACAUGGUCACCAUGAUGGUGGAGACGGACGACCAGAGCCAGCUCAAGGUGGACAUCCUGUACAACAUUAACAUGGUCUUCAUCGUCGUCUUCACGGGCGAGUGUGUGCUCAAGAUGCUCGCGCUGCGCCAGUACUACUUCACCGUGGGCUGGAAUGUCUUCGACUUCGUGGUCGUCAUCCUGUCCAUCGUGGGCCUGGCGCUGUCUGACCUGAUCCAGAAGUACUUCGUGUCGCCCACGCUGUUCCGCGUCAUCCGCCUGGCGCGCAUCGGGCGCGUGCUGCGGCUGGUCCGCGGGGCCAAGGGCAUCCGCACGCUGCUGUUCGCGCUGAUGAUGUCGCUGCCGGCGCUCUUCAACAUCGGCCUGCUGCUCUUCCUGGUCAUGUUCAUCUACUCCAUCUUCGGCAUGGCCAACUUCGCCUACGUGCGCAGGGAGGCGGGCAUCGACGACAUGUUCAACUUCGAGACCUUCGGCAACAGCAUCCUCUGCCUGUUUGAGAUCACCACGUCGGCCGGCUGGGACGGGCUGCUCAGCCCCAUCCUCAACCGCGGGCCGCCCGACUGCGACCCCACGCACGAGAACCCGGGCUCCAGUGUGCGCGGCGACUGCGGGAGCCCGGCCGUGGGCAUCUGCUUCUUCUGCAGCUACAUCAUCGUGUCCUUCCUCAUCGUGGUCAACAUGUACAUCGCCAUCAUCCUGGAGAACUUCAGCGUGGCCACGGAGGAGAGCAGUGAGCCGCUGGGCGAGGACGACUUCGAGAUGUUCUACGAGACCUGGGAGAAGUUCGACCCCGACGCCACGCAGUUCAUCGCCUACGGCCGCCUCUCCGACUUCGUGGACACGCUGCAGGAGCCGCUGCGCAUUGCCAAGCCCAACCGGAUCAAGCUGGUCACGCUGGACCUGCCCAUGGUGCCCGGGGACAAGAUCCACUGCCUGGACAUCCUGUUCGCGCUCACCAAGGAGGUCCUGGGCGACUCGGGCGAGAUGGACGCACUCAAGCAGACCAUGGAGGAGAAGUUCAUGGCGGCCAACCCCUCCAAGGUGUCCUACGAGCCCAUCACCACCACGCUCAAGCGGAAGCACGAGGAGGUGUGCGCCGUCAGGAUCCAGCGCGCCUACCGCCGCCACCUGCUGCAGCGCUCCGUCAAGCAGGCGUCCUACCUGUUCCGCCAAGGCCGGGAUGGCGGGGCCGCCGGGCCCCCCGAGACGGAGGGGCUGAUUGCCGACGCCAUGAGCAGGAUGUACGGCCCCGGGGAUGGGGGUGGCGCCGCGGACGUGGGCCUGGCCGGGGAGGCCACGGGAGCUGCUCCCAGCCCCACAGCCACCACCCCACCUCCCGCACCCCCACCGGGGUCCACGGUGCGCCCGGGCAUCAUGGAGUCCCUCGUCUAG